ACUUCGCGUAUUCGACCAUCUGGCACCCCUUAGGCAUACACGUGCAACUCCAGAGGAAUUUUGUUUCAGUUUUUAUUAAUUACUUCUGCUUGAUUUAAUAAUUUGUAUAACUAAAUAAUAUGAAGAAUCUUGCGAAAAAAGAACCCCAAGGUGGGGGCAAACAUCAGUUGCACAACGUCCGCUUCUACACGAUAAAACCGCGUGGCAUAAACAGUUUAGCAUACAGUAAAUCAAACAAGUGCCUCGCCUUGAGUCGUGAAACCUCCAUCAUAGAACUUUGGAACUUGGAGCACACCCCCUAUUUGGAUCGUGUUAUUCACCUGCCACCAGAUUCUCCUGCGGAGUCUUUAGCUUGGGCGGGAAAUCGUCUAUUUUCCGUAGAUCUUACAGGCAAACUGAUAGAGUGGGACGUGAUUAAUCUAAAGCCACGAUACGAGCACUCGCCAACCGGAAAUGCCCUUUGGAGUCUGGACGUCAACGCCGCCGAAACAGAAAUCGCGGUGGGUUCCGAGGAGGGACACAUCAACAUUCUGAGCAUCGAGAAUGAUGAAAUCACCUAUAAAUCCCUCUUUAACAAACAAAAAGGCCGUGUUCUCUGCAUAAAGUUUGAUAAGACAGGAAAGAAAUUGGUGACCGGCACUGAGGGAUUUGUUCGAAUUUGGAAUGUCCUCAACGGAACCACACUUCAUACGAUGACACUUUCGGCCGAGGAUGUGAUUGUUUGGUCCCUGCAGGUUCUAUCGGAUAAUACGAUUAUUGCUGGCGACUCUGCGGGAUUUGUGACUGUUUGGAAUGCUGAAAAUGCCACUCAGAUUAAUUCCACUCGUGUUUUAGAUAAAAACGUAUUUGCAUUGGCUGUAAAUGAAAAGGAGGAUAGAUUGGUUUGCGGUGGAAUGCAGCCACCACUAAUCCGGAUUUUCAGCAAGACAAAGAUCAAGCGGGAGGAAUCAAGCAGCGAGCGAUGGAUUAAGUUCCUUCAACGCGAUGCCCACAAGCACUAUGUGAAAUCCCUGUUGGUUAUUGACGGUCAGAUUUUUUCAGGAGGCUUAGAUGGCAUAUUGACUGUAACCUCCAGCGAAAGGAUGCAGGCACAUCUGUCACAACAUGCUCCCUUCCUUAAGGGAUCUGUUGCAUCUUUGGCCAUCAGUGAAAAACUAUUGCUCUUAAGAUAUCCAAACAGUCUACAUCUAUGGCGUUUGGGUGCUUCGACUCCAAAAGACGAGGAGAAGAAAACACUUUGGAAACAGCCAGUUGGACACUCAGAGGAACUACUUUUGGAGCAACCUCCCCAAAAACUUCUUCAACUGAAUGUUAAGGAGCAGAAUUACAUACAAGCUGCUGCCAUUUCACAAGAUGCAAACUGGAUUUGCUACUCUACUUUAAAGGAACUGCGUUUAAGCCGUUUGAAGAGUGCUCCCCUGCAAGUGGAGCGUUUGGUUGAGGACCUUCCCGAGGAACUCCAACCAUCCAGCCACAUAAUUUUUACAAAGCAAGGAAGACUAGUUCUGCUCAAUCCCCAAAACAACACUCUGAGUUGGUUUAACUUAAAGGAAAAUGAGGUUAUCUUUCUAAACAGCGUCGAUUUGAGUGAUCAUUGCAAGAGUACUAUUAACCACCUUGUGCUUUCUUCGGAUGGAGAUUACAUCGUUGCUGGUACCUCUGAUCAAUUAAUAUCAGUUUGGAAGCUACAUAACAAAAGUUACAAACACCUGCUAAAUCUACCCAGACAUCGAGCAGGAACCACCGCUGUAUCCAUGCACGAGGAUCUAUCACGUGUGGUCGUGGCCUACGCUAAUGGAAAACUUGUAGAGUACGAUUUGGUAAAUCGUCAAUUUACCUGUGAAACUGAAGAGUACCUGAUACCGGACACCAGGCACCAUUGCAUCAGUGGUAUCAGCUUGGAUCCUAAGAAUCCUAAUAUUUUUAUGGCUUACACUGAAACACAUUUAUAUGUGUUGGAGAGGGUAGAGCAUCUGGAACCAAAGGAUCCCGUGGCUAAUACCAAGUCGAAGAAGUUGUUAAAUGGAAACCGAUCCUCAAUUGCAAGCAAAUCGAAGAGCCUAAACCUAAAGUCUCAGCUCCCUCGCCAGCACCUGGUGCACGUGUCUCGGCUGAGCUCUAACGAACUUGUCAACGUCAGCAUUUCGACAAACAAUCUGUUGGCUCCGCUGCCGCCGCCGUAUCAGAGGAAGAAGUUCGCUGCCUCGUAAAUGGAGUGCAGGAGGAUGACGUGCAGUGGAGUGAUGUGUGGAGUCUCCACUUAGGUUUACCCAGUAGUUUCCACUUAGUUACCAAAUAAAAUCAAAAGUAGAAAACAA